AUGGAGGAAGCCGAUUCAUCCCACAGAGGUUCGAUGAAGGCAUUGAAACUCUCCACGAACUCAAUCCCCUCUUCUCCCCCUUUCAAUCUACCCUACCAAUUAGAUAUUCCAAGCUUUCAGCCGACGGCCAGCAGCCGAGUAUUGUACCGCCAGUUCUCGCCGAUUCUCAAUCCCGACGUCGCUAAGCGCUCCGGCAUUUCUCCAGCUCACCCCGUGUUACCCCCAACCCCGAUUUACUCCCAGAUCCCUCCGAACUUCAGUCCAUCGCCUUCUAAUUCCAGCUACAUUUCUCAGCCCUCUCUUACUUCUGUUCCUUUCCCCGACCCCACGACAACCGUUUUUUCGGCGCCUUCGCUCUCCGACCAGGCGGUCUCCGGUGAUCCGAAAAUGGAGCGACAUCCCUACGGCAUUCCUCCUCCCAUCUACGGGCUUCCACCGCUGCCGCAACAUUUUCCGGCUGGUAAGGAGAGCUUUCCGUCUGGAUCGGCAAAGAAUCGAUCCACAUUCGUGAAACAAGAGGCUGAAUGUGAUCGAGAAGGUGAUAGUGAUCCAAGAUCUGAUGGAGAUGCGGGAGAUGAUCUUAUUAGCGCUUACAUGAAUCUGGAUGGCAUGGAUACUCUAAACUCUUCGGGUACCGAAGAUAGGAAUGACUUGGAUAGCAGGGCUAGUGGCUCCAAGACAAAUGGUGCGGAAAGCAGCGAAAAUGAAGCUGAGAGUGAGAGCAGCAUUAAUGAGGCCUUGAGCAGAAUGGGUGAGAGGAAGGAGACGAACAAGCGAAGUGCAGUAGGUGAUCCAGCCAUGAACAAUAUGCCUCCCAGGCAUUGUAGGAGUGUUUCGAUGGAUAGCUUUAUGGGGAUGUUGAAUCUUGCUGACCAACUUCCAAAGCCGCCAUCUUCCUCUGGCUCCAGACCUGCCGAACAUUCUCGUAGUGGAUCAAUGGAUGGGACUUCCAACACCUUCAAUUUGGAAAUUAGAAAUGGUGAAUUUAGCAGCGCUGAGAUGAAGAAAAUCAUGGCUAAUGAAAAGCUUUCUGAAAUAGCAAUCAAUGAUCCUAAAAGAGCCAAGAGGAUAUUAGCCAAUCGCCAAUCUGCUGCUCGUUCUAAGGAACGAAAGAUGCGCUAUAUUACAGAGUUGGAGCACAAGGUGCAAACUUUACAGACAGAAGCAACCACAUUGUCUGCUCAGCUGACUGUGUUACAGAGGGAUUCAGCUGGACUUGCAUCUCAGAAUAAUCAUUUGAAAUUUAGGCUGCAAGCUAUGGAGCAACAAGCACAAUUGAGAGAUGCUUUGAAUGAAGCACUCUCUGCAGAGGUUCAGCGUCUGAAACUUGUUAAUGGGGAACCCAUCUCGGCGAGCUUAAGCCAACAAAUUCAACUAAAUCCUCAAUUAUUCCAACUGCAACAACAACAGAUUUCUGAUGCUGCUGAUCAGGAAAUGAAGCAGUGAUAUCUCCAAUCGGUCACUUUUAACAUUUUCUUAAUUGCAAGAAAAUCAAAAGGUUCCUUUUUUACAUUUAUUCACCCAGAUUUGUUCUUUAAUGCUUUCAUAUGUUUUUUGUAAGAAAGCUGCUAUCUUAGAACUAUUAAUUUUUUUUAAAAAGACAAAUUACUAGAAAAAAAAAUGU